AUAACUUGUAGAGAGAUUGAGAAAGCGAGUAGGACCAUACAACCACAUCGUCCAACGAAGAGAGAAAGGUGGAAAACGAAGGAGAUGAUGAUGAUGAUGAUCAUGGAGAUUCUUCUGUGAUCCACGAAUCGUCUCUGUUUCACAUAUUUGUCCAAACUCAAAAGAAAAACGAGUUGUCGGUUUCUUAGGAAAAAAAUAAAAAAAGAAAUUAAAAAAAAAAGGCUCUGCUUUCUCUUUCUUUCGUCUUUUUCUAGAUCGCAUUUUUCUUAACUGUCGUUUCUUUUCACAAAUCUCGCCAAAGUUUGUGACAUCUCAUCGAAUUUAGCAAACCCCCUUGUCUCAAAAUCUAAUCCUUUGCGUCAAUCUCGCUCCAAAAAAAAAAUCAAACCUCUAUUUCCUCUGUUUUGUUCUUUCCCUUUUGCUCUGUUUUUUUUCUUUCCGAUCAUUACAAUGGGCUGCGCAAGCUCCAGGCACAAAAAGCGUUGCAGUGAUUGUCGAGGAGGAUUAUCUCCAGUGGUUGUUCCCCGAAGCUAUUCAAUGCACGUUCACCAUCCGGCGCAACACACCGGAGAUAGCCAUCACACGGUGGCUCUCACAUCCUCCACCGUCGGAUCUCUCACCCUCUGCGAUUCUCCUUUCAGGCACAUCGAGGAACACUUGGAAACCAUCAGAGAAAAGCGAGUCGUCUCCGAGGAGAAGAAGCUAAUCUCAGGUGAUGGGUUCCAUCAGAAUGAUAAAGAAACAGAGAAGUUGCAGUCUAAGAUAAUGGAAGCAAAGGUCUGGUCGAGUAUGAUGAACGAGAGGAUCCCCAAGGUGGUGGUGCCUAAAACUCCGAUUGUGACGCCUCCGGGUGAGCCAGAGACGAUCAACACGUGGGAGUUGAUGGAAGGUCUUGAAGAUGCUAGUCCUUUACGACCACCUGAUCAUCUGAGAAGCUUCUCCUUUGAUGUUGUUCGUGUCCAACCUUGUGAUGAUGAUGAUGAUCGACCUAAGUCAAGGUUCCGUGAUUUGGAUCCUCCUGAGAUCGUUUCCACUUUCAGGAAAUCGCUUCAAGAACUCCCUGAUGAUCAUCCUUUUCACAUCCGGAUCCCUAAUGUGGAUCCGGUAUCCGGGUCUUCAGACGGAGAAGAAGGGGAAUUUGGAAGGAAGCAAGACAAGGUGAUAGUUUACUUCACAAGUCUUAGAGGUAUAAGGAAGACAUACGAAGACAGUUGCAACGUCAGGGUGAUACUAAAGAGCUUAGGAGUUCGUCUCGACGAGCGCGAUGUGUCGAUGCAUUCGGGUUUUAAGGAUGAGCUGAAGGAGUUGUUGAGGGAUGAGUUCAACGGUGGCGUUGGAAUAGCCCUGCCUAGAGUUUUCUUGGGGAACAAGUAUCUUGGUGGAGUGGAAGAGAUAAAGAAGUUGAAUGAAAAUGGAACGCUUGAAAAGGUUGUAGAUGGUUGCGAAAGGGUCGAGGAUGGGUUAACGGGUUGUGGGAUUGAAUGUGAGGCUUGUGGUGAUGUUCGGUUUGUGCCGUGUGAGACGUGUUCAGGAAGCUGUAAAAUAUACUAUGACACUGAAGAUGAAGAUGCAAAGGAAGAAGGAACAGAAGAAACAGAGUAUGGGUUCCAAAGAUGUCCACAUUGUAAUGAGAAUGGGUUGAUCAGAUGUCCUAUUUGUUGUGAUUAAGUCCUUUUGAACACACAAAUCAAAUUCAUCUUUUUUUCUCUC